AGCGAUGUAUAUUGAUAAUAAUACUCAAGUUCAGAUGGAAAAUGCAAAUGGAGUUGAUUGGCACGAAGAGGUAUACCAAAAGAUCAAGUCUAUGAAGGAGAGGUAUUUAUCAGACCUCAAUGAUUUAUACGAGAAAAUUGCUUAUAAAAUGCAGCUGCGUCUUGAAAAUGAGAAAAUUGAAAAGCUCAAGAUGUAUAAGAUAAUGCUGGAAUGCAUUAUGCUUUUUUUGCGGCUUAACAAGCAGGAUAUUCAACUUAUUCACAAGGAAAAACUGGUCUCGGUUGAGAAGAACAUAAGUAAGUUUCUUAGUUCCAAUUUGGCACUCAGCAAGACUUCUUCUUCUCCACAGCAGGGGCAACUUCAUCAGUCUUCCAUGCAGCUUCAGCAACCACAAUCUCUUGGUGGUCAAACUAAUCCACCGAUGCAGCCCGUACAGGGUUCUAUGGAGGCAAUGCAACAGAGUUAUCUCACCAACUUGCAACAUUAUUCCUUGUCUGGCGUAUCGACAAUAUCCAAUUCUCAACAACACAUGAUAAAUGUGGUAAAACCUGGUUCCAGAUGGGAUUUGGGACAGGGUAAUUCGUUGAACUCACCGCAGCAGGUGGCUACUGGAUCCUUACAACAGAAUCCUGCUAACAGUCUUCAACAUGAUAACAUAAGCUCAUUCAGUACACAAGGUGGAAUAAACCCUGUACAGGCAAACCUCGAAUCCCUACAGCAAAACUCAAACUCGCUGCCUCAUUUACUUCCUACACAGCACGAGCAGCAAAUGUUGCAGAACCAACAAUUAACACCCCUGUGCAACCAGCUACUGAUGCAGCAACAACUUUUUCAAAGUCAGCAGUUAAUGAAACAUCAGCAAGCAAUGAACUCACUGCAGCAGUUAAUUCAACAGAAUAAUUUCACCAACUUGCACCAUGAUUCCUUGUCUGGCAUAUCGACAAAUUCCAACUCUCAGCAAGACAUGAUAAAUACAAUACAGCCUGGUUCCAAUUUGGAUUUGGGACAGGGUAAUUCUUUGAACUCAGUGCAACAGGUGUCUACUGGCUCUUUGCAACAGAAUCAUGUUAACCGUCGUCGACAAGUUAACAUAAGCUCAUUAAGUCCACAAAGUGGAACUAACCCAGUGCAGGCAAACCUCAGUUCCCUACAACAAAAUUCAAACGUCCUGCAG